CGCAUGUGUGAGUGUGAAUGAAUGUCAUUGUUGGAUCUCUCCCCUCUCUCGCGACGCGUUUUUAUUCGGUUCCUUUCUCGCCUUCUUUUUCUUUUUUAUGUGUCUCUGUGCUUGGCACUCAUAUCCCCUAAUAAUUAUUGUACUCGCACCCGGUUACUCGCCGGCCAUUCGAGCCGCGAGUGCCCGGCGAUCAUUCCGGUUUAUUGAGGACCUUUGAGCUUGUGGGGUUGUCCAACUAGGAAAGAUCUUGUCGAUUUCCUGUGCGGUUUCGAUUUUGAUGAGCGCCGCUGGGCUUUUCUGCUGAGAGACUUCGUUCAUUGCUCAAAUCUUAAGGCGAGUGGAUGGUAAUGCACCUUGGAGUUAAGGCUUGUGGUGUGCUUCUUGGACUCGAAAUUGUUGAGUACGCGGGAAAUUUUUGUUUGCAUUGGUGGUGAGAAGGUCCUUAGCCAUAUAGUCGUGAUCCGGAACUAUUUUUGGCAAGGUCGGAUCUUUGAGAUUCCGACUGGAGGAAGCUGGAAAAGGGGGAAAACAAAAAAGACGUUCGUUGAUUGAAUCUACAUUCGGAGUUUUACAAUUCCAUCGCAAUUUUUUCUUUCUUUUCUGGGUCCUGCAUUGACCAAAUUGAGAGAAAAUUAAUGUCCAUGUUGUUGUAGAAGGAGCUGAAAAACCUUGCAUUUAAGUUGGGUUUCGCUGGUUUUUAGUCGGUGAGGUUGACUGGUGUGAAGGCAUUGCGUUGAGAUGUGCAGGACCGAAAGGACUGGAAAGAAGUGCGACGAUUUUGGAGAUAAGAGAGAUAAGCUUAGAGGAGGCCUCAUGGGAUUGAAGACAUUAGGGGAGAAUAGGGUGGAGAAGCUUAAAAAUUCCAUGGCCGUGUCUUCAAGGUCGAAAAUGAAGAUGUGGAUGAUACGUGCUACAACUUCGGUUAUACUUUGGACGUGCAUCGUUCAGUUAACGGCGUUGGGUGAUAUAUGGGGGCCAAGGGUUUUGAAGGGCUGGCCUUCUUGUUUUACACACGAGUCCGCGGCCGUUGUGAUGGAUGCCGAGUUGCCUUCGACCCCUGUCAGAGUUCUCCCACCUAAGAGAGUUUAUAAAAAUAACGGUUACCUGAUGGUCUCAUGCAACGGAGGACUGAACCAAAUGCGAUCAGCGAUUUGUGACAUGGUAGCGAUCGCUAGAUAUCUGAAUGUGACACUUAUUGUACCUGAACUGGAUAAAGCCUCCUUCUGGGCUGAUCCCAGCGAGUUCCAAGAUAUAUUCGAUGUGGAUCAUUUUAUUACUUCCUUGAGAGAUGAGGUGCGGAUAUUAAAAGAGUUGCCCCCAAGACUUAAGCUGAGAGUGGAACAGGGUUUACAUUACAGCAUGCCACCAAUUAGUUGGUCUGACAUAUCAUACUAUAAGAACCAGAUUCUACCUUUGAUACAAAAGUAUAAAGUUGUCCAUCUGAAUCGAACUGAUGCUCGAUUGGCCAAUAAUGGUCAACCCUUAGAUAUUCAAAAACUGCGUUGUCGAGUUAAUUUUGGUGCCCUGAGAUUUACUUCUCAAAUAGAGGGGUUGGGUAGAAAGGUAAUCAAGCUGCUGCGGCAAAAUGGUCCAUUCCUGGUACUUCAUUUGAGGUAUGAGAUGGAUAUGCUGGCAUUUUCUGGGUGUACUCAAGGUUGCAACAGUGAAGAGGUGGAAGAGUUGACAAGAAUGAGAUAUGCUUAUCCUUGGUGGAAAGAAAAAGUAAUAAAUUCUGAUUUGAAAAGAAAAGACGGUUUGUGUCCUUUAACACCCGAGGAAACAGCCCUUACGCUUAGGGCCCUUGACAUUGAUCAGAACAUUCAGAUCUACAUUGCAGCUGGGGAAAUAUAUGGUGGGCAAAGGCGAAUGGCAAAUCUUGCAAAAGAGUAUCCAAGAUUGGUCAGGAAGGAGACGCUGUUAGAGCCAUCUGACCUUCAGUUCUUCCAAAAUCAUUCAUCUCAGAUGGCAGCACUGGAUUAUCUUGUCUCAUUAGAGAGUGAUAUCUUUGUCCCCACGUAUGAUGGAAAUAUGGCCAAAGUAGUUGAAGGUCAUCGCAGAUAUCUUGGGUUCAAGAAGACAAUUUUAUUGGACAGACAGCUCCUGGUUGAUUUGAUCGAUCAGUACCAUAAUGGAGUGUUAAACUGGGAUGAAUUCUCUUCAGCUGUGAAGAGAUCUCAUGCGGGUCGGAUGGGCAGCCCAAGCAAAAGAAUAGUAAUACCUGACAGGCCAAAAGAAGAGGAUUAUUUUUAUGCCAAUCCUGAGGAAUGCUUAGAGCACUCACAAGACGAUGAUCCACUCAGAAGUACGUGAGAAAUGUAUUUGGGAAAAUAAUGGGAUUUACCUGUGUCGCUUCCUGGUAUGGUGCGCUCAGACUUUCUACCACAUACUGAUCUACACGAUCUCAGGCUCGUAGCCAAGAUGACAACUUUUUGUCUUAGAAGGGGCAAUUGAUCUUGAAUUUUAAAAAGCUCGGGGAGGUUAAGUGAAACAGCAGUCGGGAAAUAGUUUUUAUAUAUAUUUUUACAUAUUGCAAAUAAUCCCAAUCACAUUCAUGUAUAGAAGCUACCCUGACAUUGCGGGGCGAGAGCUUAUUAAACUGCAUUGUACACGAGAGAGAUUGUUAUACAGAUUUGGAUUAAUGGAACCUGCAGUUCUUGGAAGCU